UGGGAAUUAGCACGCUUGUUUGAGAUAUUUUUCAUUUGCGGCCCACUUGCACCCCCCACCCAACUUCCGUUCAUUCCACCCCUCCUUCAUCAAAAGGGCUCACCCGCUUGGCUCAUGUACGCCAAAGUACAAGAUCAGCCACCUUCUGCACCGCUGCCGCAUUCUUUUUCUCCCCCUCAGGCACUGGGUCCCGGGCCAACCGCAUCGCCGUCGCUGCUGACUUCAGCUCUCUUCAUCAGUCCUCCGGCGCGGCUAUUUCACAUCCACUCUAGUCUUGUUUCCUCUCUUCCCCCCGCACGCGCAUCGUCCAUUUCAAAGCAUCCUCUCGCUACCAGCCAGAGCCCACCAGCGAGGUCCUCUCGUCGCGCCAACGUCAAUGCGCCAAUGCACCGGAGUCCUUAUUCGCGAGAGACGACGGAUAUUUCCGACCAAGAAUUACAGCAGAUCCUCGAGAGCGAGAACAUCAGCGGGCUGCCGGCUCCCUACUGCCUGCCCACACGCCGGCGCACGCGCACCACACUCACACCCUACCAGUUGCGCGUACUGUUCCGUGUCUGGGAACGCACACAAUACCCAUCAAGUGACCUGCGCUUCCGCCUCGCCAAUAGCCUGCUAAUGACACCCCGCAACGUCCAGAUCUGGUUCCAGAACCAGCGCCAGAAGACAAAGGAGCGUGCCGAGAUGCGUCGCCGCACACACUCGCCAAACACGUCAACCGCACAGCCUGCUGCCAUUUCGGGUAUUAGCCAGAUGUCAGCCAGCGUCCACGGCCUUGAGCGGCCUAUCAGCGCCAUCAGCCUGUCGGGGGGCUCUCCGCCCGAGUCACCGUUCCGAUACAGCCAUAUGCCGCCGGCGCCGCCGGGCAUGGGCUCGCCCAUUGGCGUCUCGCACCCCCACCAAUUCCAUCCCCACCACUCCGUGCCUGCCACUGCCCACACGUCGCCAUUCCCUGGAGGCACCGCUUCCCAGACUACGUCACCUGUUACUGGCAGCGGUGGAAGUGCAAUGCUGACCCCACCGGCACUAUACUCCCAGACAUUUUCCCAGCAGCACCAGCAGCAGCCACCACCACACCAGACGCAUCAUUUCCAGCGGCACUCAAUCCACACCCACGUCCAGCUGCAUCCACCGACCAUGCGCGCAUCGCCACCCCAGUCGAUGCCGCCACCGCACCACCACCGCCAUUCCAUGCACAGUCUCCAGCAUCUCCGCCAGCAGGCCCAGGUGCAGCCAGCACAGUCCAUCCACUUGGCCCUGCCGCCGCCGCCGCCGUCAGUCCAGGCUGCACGUGUGCAGAUGCCGCCUCCGACGCUGACAUCGCAGCAGAAAGAGCUCAAGCAGCAGCGUCAGCCGCCGCGACUGCCACCACCCGUCGUAACGAGCCACCAGGUGCCCACCCCUUACAUCCCGUCGCCCACAACACCGACCACCAUCGGGCGGCGUGGGAGCAUGCAGUCGCCGAGCCCCAUUCCCUCGCUUCAGCGGCACUUUUCACCGCCGCUGUCGUCAGCGGGUGCCUCCCAGACCGUGCGCGAGCAUCCCGAGAACCGUCGCACGCGCCUGGCAUCCAUCCUCAACCCCAUCCAGCCGCAGUCGGAGCCACCGGAGCCGCUGCCAAGCCUGGGCUCAGUGCUUGCUCGCGUCCAGUCUGCCGAAGGCACUAUCACUCCACAGCACCGCGAGCCGUCGCCGUCGGUCGGUAGCAAGGCUUCGUCGCCCGAGAAAUGGCGCCCAUGGUGAACAGCCCGACAAAAACAAAUCGAAAUACACAUCCCGGUUUAAAUUAUUUGCCGCCUGCCAACUCCAACUUACCACCCUCUCCCAUUCUACCCCUCCCCCGCUUAAUAUGCCUCUCCUUUCCAGACACCUUACUCCCUAUUACUUUUCAAAACAGGCGUUUCUUUGAUAUAUGCCUCUCCCGCCCCUUCCGCCUCUCCCUCCCUACAUACCUCUUAUCCUCCCUGCCCCUCUAUCACUUUAGCCCAACUAGUAUCUUGCUUAGUCCUCACCCUCGUUGUAUUAGUACCUGGUUUUCUUUUUCUUGAAAAUGGACGCAGCACAUCUUAAACAUCUGUCAUAUUUUAGAAAUGCAAACACUGGCCGUCUGCAACAGAGAUACAAAUAAAUUGUUGACAUAGGGGGCA